UUGUACAUUUUGUAAAAGGUAAAGGACAUUGAAAUUCCUUCUGAGUGUAGAAGGGUGUGCCACGCGCUUUAGAGAAGAACCAACGCAUGAUCAGACGCUGAGCGAGAAAGAUAAGCGUGAAGUUUAGCUUUAUUUUAUUCAAAGCCAUUUGAGAUCGAUUGGAAGCAAGCCCACUCUGACUCGCAUUGACCACUCAAAGGUUGACAGGAAACAAAGACUAACACAUAGACAUCUUUUGCUUUUGAAACUGAAAGAUGGCCGAUAAGCUGCAGAAACUUGUUUCACAGAAGAAGGAUGUCGUGGAGACCGUCAUGGAAGUCUUUGAGCAGGGUGCAGAAGUGUUGGCUGGCAUCGCUGGUGAUCUGUUCCCCGUGUUCUCCAUCGCAGCUCCGAUCGUGAAGCUGGCGCUGGAUAACGUGGAAAGCAAAGAGGCCGAGUACAUGAAGGAGCAGUUCCAGAAAGUGCGUGAUCGCCUGGAAGUCGUUUCUGAAGAAGUCCAGCAGAUAAACCAGGAGAUCAAGAAGAGCGGCAUAGAUGCAACCUACUUCUCCGUGGAGGAGAACCUGACCAACCAAUUCCGCAAAUUCAUGGACGUCCUGAAUGCGAAACCUAAAUUCAGAGAGGUCAGAAAGAAAACGUUCCUGGAGCACUACAACAGGACAGGGGGUGAUAAAAACCUUCACACUCUUUAUAAUGCUGUAACCGGAGAUAACUUCUCAGGAGAGUCUGUGCUGGAAAUCACGCUGAAUUACGAGCAGAAGAGCCGCAGAGUAGUGGAGGAGUUUUGCGCUACACUCAAGAAACUGUUCUGCAUCGGUUUGAUCGCCUUACUGGGACACUCAGCACUGAAAGGCGAUGACGAUGAGGAGAAGCUGCUUCAAGAUUGGAGCGAGAGGAUGAAAGUGGUGCAGGAUAAAAUGAACGUCGUGAUUGAAGACUGCAUCAACAGUUUUCCGACACAGGCCGAGCUGGACGCCAAACGCAUUGUGAGAGACCAAAGCGACAAAAGCAACCAGCAACUGGCCGACUUGCUGGUAGAGCACCUGAAAAAGAAGUACGACUGGGUGCGCUGGUCAGUCCGUGUCUUUAACUCCCCCACCGGCCUGUUCACCAACAAGAAAGACUUCCACGGUUUGACGGGAAAGAGCCGCUUUCAGGUGUCAUCGUCAGAUGACAAGCUAAACGUUGUGGUCUCCUACAGCGCCUCGCCUGAACCCCUCGAUAAAGCCCGGAUACAGAGCCUGAUUUCAGAGCAGAAGAAGAUCACGAUGACACCCUUGGCUGAACUGCUUUUUGAGACAAUCCCUGUUAGCGUGGUUCACACAAUCAAGACCUCAUGCAAAGAUCUGGGCUUCUCCAGCAGCUUCUCUGACGAGCUGCACUUCUUUGAGGAGUUCAAGAGCUUCUGUGUCUUUCUUCAUUCUGCUUAAACAAGGAGGAGAAAUAGAAAGAUUAACAGCUAAGCAGAUGUUGUAGGAUGAUAUUCGAUUAAACCACUAUAUUUAGACUACAUAGCCUCUCUAAGGGUUUGACUUGUUACCAAAAUCAAUUAUUGUACUCUACAAUCUUUCUUUUUCAUCUUUUUUUCUUAGUAUUUCCUUAAUGUCUGCUUGUUUUAAAGCUGUAAAUGAACACUUCAAUGUAACAGAUUUGUAUUUUUAAUAUACCUAGUGUUUGGUACUCCCUUAUUAGUGUAUUUGGUGGGUGAUGGUGGUGUUUUAGAGACUAGGCUGUUAAAAUAGGUAUACACAGAUAUAGCCUUGUGGGCAGCGUGCCAUCAUACAACGCCAUUGCACUUCGGGCGUCCCAUGUCUGAAUCCUGACCCAAGGACCUUUCCUGAACCUGCACCCCCCCACUUCACUUCCUUCAUGUCUGACCUGUCUGUCACAAUAAAGGCAAAAAUGACAAAAGAAAAUCAUUACAAAAAAAGAGAGAGGAAAAAGGCAGUCUCAGGCGGCUUGCCAACAAGACCGUCCACGUUCACUGAUUGUAUGCAAAAAGUUUGCACAGUUGUGUUCAAAAUUUGUGAGGAUGAGCUAAUUAUUAUAUUUGACAAAGUUUUCCUGGUUUUUAACAUCAUAUCACAUUUUUGACAGAAAGUACUUUCUAAGUUAUUUAGAAAUUCUCAAGCAAAACUGAAUAUAUAUAUAUAUUCUUACCUUAGUUCUUACCUUAAUAUAUGCAUGAAGUAAGGAAUAAGAAUAAACAAAUAAAAUUAAUUAAAGAACAAAGCAUAGAAAAAAAGAUUGAGUUUACUUCGUUUGUCUGAACUUUUAAUACAUUUUGUAUUUGUAUGGACUUCUGAUAAUUGCAAAUUAUGCACAGAUUUUUUGACUGUCAACUGUUUUUUAACUUUUUAAGCAAGGGCUUCUGCACCAUUUUUUUCUGCCAUUUUUGUCCACUAUUAUCUAUUAUUGUCCUUUAUUUCUAUUUCAAAUUUUACUCGCACCUAAGCUGCAUGUCAAAACAACACUUACAAUACAGACUGGUCCCUUUCUGUCUGAGUAAGCAUUUAUUGGCUGUAAUUUACAAGUGACUCCAGAACAAAUUUCACUUUAAAACCAUUAAAGGCUUAGACAAAAACCUGCACAAGUAACCAUUAUAGAUUCUGACUGAGCACAGAGUACUCUGUUGUUCGUAAACUAAAUACAUAUUUAGCAAUGAGGCAUUGAGCUGAUUAAAACUGACAGUUAAGACAUUUGUAAUAUUAUGAAAGAUUUGUAUAUCAAAUAAAUAUUCAUCAAAGAAUCAACACUGGUAAUGUUUGUUAAGCAGUAAAUCAUCAGAAUAUUAGAAUUAUUUAUGAAGGAUCAUGUGACAGUGGAGUAAUGAUGCAGAAAAUUCAGCUUUGCAUCGCAGGAAUAAAUACAAUUUUAAAAUAUUACAAUAGAAAACAUUUUAACAUUUUAUAUUUUACAAUAUCACUGUUUUACUGUAUUUUUGAUCAAAUAAAUGCAGCCUUGGUGAACAGAAUGACUGUUGGCUUCUGAGCAUCCAAGUUGAAAUGAAAUCAAAUAUUUAUUUCACUAUAAUAUUUGAUUCCAAAUGAAACUAUAAAAAAAAAUGUCUAUCAAAUGUAUCGCGAAAACAUCUGCAUUUUGUUGAGAACAAAGUUAUUGCUGAAUGAAAAAGUAUGCAGCCUACAUUUUCUCUUGAAUUUGUUUAAUAAACAAACAAUUCACAAAUCA